GGCCGGGAGGUGGACGAAGCUCAGCUCCAUCUCCAGGGUAACGGAGCGUCCGCCGGCUUUUACUUCCAGCCGAACGGCAGUACGCUCUCCCUCUCGUGCUUUCACCCGUUCUUCCCAGGCCCCGCCCCUUUUACGCCCGCAGCUGCGAAACGCGGGAGACCUGAUUCUAGCUCCCGAGUUGUCUGAGCGGCUCGGGGCUGUGCAGUGCGCAGGCGCGGGCGUUUGGGUCUCACCGCGCGCGGCGCUUGGUUGAAGCCCGAGUGAGUUCCUGGGCGCGGAGACCCGGCAGCGGGCGACCGAGAGAGUAGGUGACCGAGCGCCUCCUCUGCCGUCAUGGCAGCCCUGCGCUACGCUGGCCUGGACGACACGGACAGCGAGGACGAGCUGCCCCCGGGCUGGGAGCAGAGAACCACCAAGGACGGCUGGGUUUACUACGCCAAUCAUGCUGAGGAGAAGACCCAGUGGGAACAUCCAAAGACUGGAAAAAGAAAACGAAUAGCAGGAGAUUUGCCAUAUGGAUGGGAACAAGAAACUGAUGAGAACGGACAAGUUUUUUUUGUCGACCAUAUAAAUAAAAGAACCACCUAUUUGGACCCGAGACUGGCAUUCACGGUGGAUGAGAACCCUGCGAAGCCAACCAGCAGGCAGAGGUACGACGGCAGCACCACCGCCAUGGAGAUCCUCCAGGGCCGCGACUUCACCGGCAAAGUGGUUGUGGUCACCGGAGCUAAUUCAGGAAUAGGGUUUGAAACUGCCAAGUCUUUUGCCCUCCAUGGUGCCCAUGUGAUUCUUGCCUGUAGGAAUAUGACAAGGGCCAAUGAAGCUGUGUCACAGAUUUUAGGAGAAUGGCACAAAGCCAAGGUAGAAGCAAUGACCCUGGACCUUGCUCUGCUCCGUAGCGUGCAGCAUUUUGCUCAAGUGUUCAAGGCCAAGAAUCUAUCUCUUCACGUGCUUGUGUGCAAUGCAGCAGCUUUUGCUCUACCCUGGAGCCUCACCAAAGACGGCCUGGAGACCACCUUCCAGGUGAAUCACCUGGGUCACUUCUACCUUGUCCAGCUCCUUCAGGAUGUCCUGUGCCGCUCUGCUCCUGCCCGAGUAGUUGUGGUCUCGUCGGAGUCCCAUAGAUUCACAGAUAUUAAUGAUUCCUCGGGAAAACUGGACUUCAGCCGCCUUUCUCCAUCUAAAAAUGACUACUGGGCCAUGCUGGCUUAUAACCGGUCCAAGCUCUGCAACAUUCUCUUCUCCAAUGAGCUCCACCGCCGCCUGUCCCCACGCGGGGUCACGUCCAACGCCGUGCAUCCUGGAAACAUGAUGUACUCCUCCAUUCACCGCAACUGGUGGGUGUACACGCUGCUGUUUACCUUGGCCCGGCCUUUCACCAAGUCCAUGUUCUUCAUGUGGAUGACUCUGGAGAUAGCCGGAGAGAGAUUGAUGUGCUUCCCGCCCUGCACAACCUCAGCCUCUUGGGGAUGCAAGAGCCCAUUCUUGUUGUCCACGGUGCCGACUGCCAGGGCCUGCUUCCCAGUAGGGAGAGCGGGCAGGAGGAUGCUUGCUUCCCUCCACAGCCCUCCCUAGCAGCUGAGGGGCUGCGGGACAGUUCCGGACAGCAAGUAUCAGCAGAAAUCCUCCCAGGCCCUCUCGGAGACCUUCUAUUCUUGGAUGAAAAGGCAGGGCUGCUGGUAUUUUCUGUCCCCCUUUCUUCCCGUGUGCAGUGUGGAUUUGAUGCUUAUAGGCACGGCUGCCUCCUUGUCGUCAUGAAGCCACAGACGGAAGGGAAGAGUCACAAGAAUGGCGGAGAGAAUGGCCCUAACCCUAGGACCACAGCCUGGAGUCAGGAGCUCUGUCACCGUCAGCCGGGGUCUGUUUGCCCUCCUCCUGCAAACCAGCCACUAGCAGACAUAGCGGUAUGAGUGUGGGAUCUGGGUUCAAGAGAGAUUCUGUAUAACCCUCAGGGCUGAGAAUUCUCUGGGAUGCACGUCAUCCCUCACCCUGUGUGUCCGCUUGAACAGACGCCGAACAGCCAUUGUGUUCUGCUACACUUGGGAAGUACUCCAGUACAAUGUUUCUGGAAAGUGACAGGUUUUAGCACUGGAAGACUGUCUUUGCCAUUCAGAUUUUUCUCAGCAGCGCAUUUCUGUUGUGGCGACGUGGGAUGUGAUCUCAGAACUUGGCAUCCUGUGUGCGUGCCUGAAGCGGUAGUGGCACUCAAUGGUCCAUUUCCUCUUUGUCUUUGUACUGAGGCACAUUUAUGUUACGGUAAUCGCCUCAUGGUAUUUCAAGAUCUCUAUUUGGGCCACAUUGGUUAGAAGAAGACCGUCUCUAGGUGCUAGUACCUGAGCAUCAUAUGACCUGAACCAGCUUGCAGUUCCCGUCAUUCUUGACCAAAAUAAUACCAUUAGGAACUGUCCCACUGCUGCUGCUACCACUCAUGAUAUCCCCUGCCAAGGAAUUGGGUAAACGUUGUGAUGCAGUAGAUGCCUGACUUAGGAAAUAAACGUUCAGAGCUCUGUCAUACAGCGACGUGCAGUGUUUUCCCCCCUAUUCAUGAAAACUCUUCCAGACGACAGUUAGCAGGUUUGAUACUCUCUAUAUACUACAGGUGUGCUUCUGUAGAAAUAGAAAACAAUGCAGACUCUCUGUUUUCCUAGUAAAUCCAUUCCUUUGAUUAUUCCAGUCAGUUAUGAUGAGGCCAGUGUGCAAACCUGUUUUUCUGAGGCACCCGUGCUUCCAGUGGUCAAGGAGUGAUGAGAGGGAAGCUGAAAGAAGGAAGAGUAACACGGUAAAAUCAGACUCUGUAUAUAUUUCAAAUUAAAACUCCAGCCAUGCAGAAGCAGCCUGCAAAGGAUUGGCCGCAGAGUCCGUUCCUGUGAUCAGCUGCAUGGACGAUGGAAUUGCUAAGCAGCGCCAGAGGGAACCCGGUCAGCCUCGUAGAUCAGAAACCAAGGCCGUCGUGUCUCUAGCACCGAACAGUUCAAAGGCACCCGUUUCAGAAGCCUUUGUCCGUUUUUAAAUAAUGGAAAACUGGGGCUUUGGUAAUUGUUUCUUAAGGAAGAAAGUCAGUUAAGAUUAGAAUGUGAAUUUCCGUCCGUUGAAACUAAGUCAUCUUGCUGUUCUGCAGAGCGCCUGCAACUUGGAGCUCAUGCCAUCAGGUUUUGCUAGAUUGAAGACAGUCUUUUGUUAUCAGAGUAUUGGCUGAAUGCGUCCCAAAUGAAAGUGGAUUACUGGCCCUCCUCCUUCCUGGCUAGUCUGUGGCUCAGCACAGGAGACAGCAAACUAGAGCCUUGCCCCAAAUCUGUCCUGCCGCCUGGUUUUGUGUAACCUGUAAGCCUAGAGUUCUUUUUACAUUUUUAAAUGGCUGCAAAAAAUGUUAAAAGACAAGUAAUAUUUCGUGAUACAUGAAAACAGUAUGAAAUUUGAAUUUGAUUGCCCAUAAAUAAAGUUUUAUUGGAAGACAGGCUUGCUCCUGCGUGUGUGCACUGUCUAGGGCUGCUAUGAGCGUUAUGAUGGCAGAGUCUAGUAGCUGCAGCAGACAUGCCAUCCGCAAAGCUGAGAGUAUUUACUAACUAUCCCUUUCCAGGCAAAUUUGCCGACACCUGCUUUAAGUGAUGUACUUACCUGUGAGCAGAGGCAAUGAAGGAGAGAUUUUGGCCCCUUCUCUCCCAAUGAAAUGAGGGAAGGUCAGAAUUGUGUUCCUGCCCUCAGUGCUGCUGCAGAUCUUAGGGCUACUUUUUGGAGUUCUUCCUCCGCAGCAGGGCCCAACCCUGACUUUUCCUGCCCACCCCACUCUUUCCUCACAGGUCUGUGCAAGUCCCAUAGCAAGAUGUUGGCUAAGGACCAUUGCAACCAACCGGUGGUUCUCUGCAGGCUAUGAGUCACCUCUAAGAUUAUUGAGCCGUUGUGUGGCACAGCAGACCCAGGCCUCGUAACAUGCCGGCCCCCACUCCACCGUUCUGUGGCCGCAGGAUAAUUUAGGGAUGAUGAGGGGAAAGUGGUCUCUCUUUAUCUGUUAAUUCCUCGGAGGACGUUCUGUUCAGAAUGAAUAGUCUUGAAACGUGUAAUAAAGUUGCCUAUCAAGACCACUUUCGAGAGAGAUUUAAAUGUGAUAAUAAGAAUAAAAGAAAAUGAAGUGACAUUGAGGGCGUCUUCUUUUAUAACAGCUCUUGGUCGUGACUGUUAAGCACACUGUAAAAUGACUUUUAUACAUUUAUGGAUCGAAAUGGUUCUGCUGAAAUUUUAAGUGUUAACAUUGUUCAAACUUCCAUUACUAACACCUCUCACAUUGCUACAAACGGUUUCGUAUUUGACAUUUUGAUCAUACUAACCUGGGAACUUUACACUGAUGCUUUCAUUUCAUGCCGCAGGAGGGUUCUGCUUAUUUCGAUUUCAGCUCCCUUCUCUAGGAAGCCAAUACAUUACGUUUGCACAUCUUACCCCGAUGCGCGCUAUAAACCGAUGGG